AUGGCAGGUGAAUCUUUAUCCGACGAGCUCUGCAAUGCGUCUGCCCAGGGAAAGCUAUCGGAAGUACAGAGAUUGCUGCAAAAUGGAGCACAAGUCAAUGGAUAUAACAGCUUUAACAGAACUGCACUACAGGUGGCGAAGCUGGGAAGCACUCCUGUAGUUGAAGCUCUGCUCGCGGCCGGUGCGAACCCCAACCUCCAGGAUCCGGCCUGCGGCCUCACCGUCUUGCACGACGCCGCAGUCACUGGCUUUCGUUGCACCGUGCGCGCUCUGCUGGACCACGGGGCCGACGCGAACCUCGUGGAUGAGUGGGGCAACCUGCCGCUACACCUGGCAGCCAAAGAGGGUCACCUGGAAGUGAUCGAGCUCCUGAUCCAUCACACCGCGGACCCCGGAGCCGUGAACAAGGAUGGACUCACCGCCGGGCAGCUGGCUCGAAUCGACGGGAGAGAGGACGCUGCCGCGCUGUUAGUGAGCGACGCUUGA